AUGGCUGCGAGAACCGCAAAGUUAGAGAGGAAGACGAACGAGACGCAGAUCGAGGUCUUCAUCAACCUCGACUGCCAGCCAGGCUCUGGUAACGCGCAAGAGAUCCAAAUCUCGACUGGCAUUGGGUUCCUGGACCACAUGUACCAUGCCCUUGCGAAGCACUCGGGCAUGUCCCUGACCAUGUCCUGCAAAGGCGACCUCUGGAUAGACGAUCACCACACUGCAGAUAUGACAGCGCGAUCGCACUGGGCACUGCGUUCAAGCAGCCUGGGUGAAGUUCGCGGCAUACGUAGAUAUGGCACGGGAUUUGCCCCACUUGACGAAGCCCUCUCGCGCGCCGUCAUCGACAUUUGCUCAAGGCCUUACUGCUUUACUGACCUCGGGCUGAAGAGGGAGAAAAUCGGCGACCUUUCCACGGAGAUGUUCCCACACAUAUUCUACUCGUUUUCGAUAGCAGCCGGCGUCACUCUUCACGUCGAUGUCCUCCGCGGGGACAACGAUCAUCAUCGGGCCGAGUCCGCUUUCAAGGCGUUGGCCUUAGCCAUCCGCCAAGCAAUCGAAAGAACUGGCGGCAAUGAUAUCCCCAGUACGAAAGGAGUCCUCUGA